CCUGAGCCCGCCUCCACCAACAAGUGGCAGCUGGACAGCUGGUUGAAUAAGGUCCAAACCCAGACCAAACCCCUGGUUCCUGCACAACCAGAGCACAAUGACACAGGCUCUGUCAGCCAGGAUCAGCAGACUUUCUCUCCAGGGACUGAAGCACCAGGAGUUGGGGCAGCUGCCAAGACCAAACCCUGUGGGUCCAGCGGUACACCUGAUCCAGCUGUACCUGCAGGAGAGCUCAAAGACACGAGGACAACCUUGUGCUCAGGUAGAGAGAAAGCCAAAGUCAAGCUCAGCCAGAAGACCUCUGGGGAGGGUCAGAGGUCAAAGACGAGGCUGUCACCAGGCCUGCUGUCGGGGCAGGAGGUCACGACCCCGAGGAGGAGCACCACUGGGAAAAAACAGCCUCGACGGGCGGAGAGGUCGAACAGUGGGGAGGAAAAUUCGACCCAAACAUGGAGUCGAACAAACCAACACAGCCCUGCAGUCAGAGACAAGGAGCUGCCGCCGCCCCCUCCCCCAGACCACCAGAACCCCCUGAGGCCACGGAGCAAACCUGUCAGCGGGAAGACCGCCCCGAGGAAAGAACCUCGCAGUGCCACCAGCUCCAACACCACAGCCACCCCUACAGCAGCGGCAGUGCAGCAGCAAACCCCAGCACCGCUUCCUGCUGUCAGCCUGAACCAGGACAAGAGGAAACACAGAGGCCCCAGCACUAGAAUCACACCAAAGUCCAGAGAAUUCAUUGAAACAGAUUCCUCGUCUUCCUCGUCAGAAUGCCAGUCGGACGCUGAGGAGGCUGUGAAAAUUCCCUCUCUUCCACCACAGAUGACACGCGCCGCCGUCGACACGCAGACUUUGUCCAGCACACACACACCUCUCGUCCCAUGCCUUGGCUCUGUGGGAAGUGUGGGGACGUUUGCAGGAACAGGACUUCUAGUGAAAGAUGGGACGACUGGUAACAGCGGCAGCAGGAACAGUAACUCCCUGAGCAUUAGCAACGUUAGCGCUUCGUUUGGAAACUCUGUUCCUGAUCCUGGGGGGUCAGGAGGUCAGAGCAAAAAUGUAGAGUCUAUGUCGCCUCCUGCCAACGUGGGCCACGAGGUCCCUGUCUCCCCCCUGAGAGACUACCACGAGGUCCAGAGUCUGUGGGUGAAAAUUGAUCUGAGCUUCCUCAGCAGGGUACCUGGACAGGGUGCCGGGGAGAGAGCCGGGGACGAGAACAGAUUGGAGAGGCAGAAACCUACAAAAGGGGAGAGACAGGAGGAAGAUAAUGAGCAAUUAGUGAAGGACAGAGAAAGGCAAGGUGACAGAGACAGAUUAACGGACAGGGAGAGGCAGACGGACAGAGAGGACAGGGACAGAUUCGCUUUUGGGGAGAGAGAGAGGGCAAGAGACAGAGAGAGAACCGGCCAAGGUCUGGGAGCGCCGGACUACACCCCUGUGCAAGAUCAGAGCAACCCCGGUCUGGGUGGGAGGGCGGAGAGAGUGGACACUGGAGGCAAACACAGAAGACAGGCAGCCGUAAGCAUGAUGGUUCCAACAGAAAAACACAACAACAAGAACAAGAGGAAACACAAGUCGGACCACGGAGAAUCAUCAGUCAAGUGUAACAAGAAGCUGCGUGUGGACAAAGACUGUCUGCUCCUCCCACCCUGCAUCUCUCCUGUGUACAACCACAAAAACAGCUCUGCAGAUAGUUCUCUGAACAGGAAGCAGACUCGCCGGCGUGAAGACAAGCUCCUCCCGCCCCUGCUGUCCCCGCUUUCCGACGAGCCUCCUCGUAAACGGCCGUGUGACGGCGCCCCUGCCCUUGGCGAGGAGGUCGGUGCUGUCGGGGUGCCGCCCUGCUCCACGUCCACGCCCGUUUCCUCCUCGUCUUCCUCACACCGACAUCGGAGAGGUGAUGGGAAGACUUCAUCUCAUGGGAGAAACAGCAGCGAAGGGGAUUCUCAUGGCAGUAAACACUGUGGAGAUGGUUAUCAUUCCAACGGACAUGCAGACUCAGAGGUGUGGUCCGAGACGCUGAGUGACCCCGCCGAACCACACAGGCCCAGGCUGUCGUUCAGUGACACAGUCCACACUGCAGAGUACUACAUGCAGGAGGCGAAGAGGCUGAAGCACAAGGCCGACGCGUUGAUGGACAAGUUUGGGAAAGCGGUGAAUUACGCAGACGGCGCCCUCUCCUUCAUAGAGUGUGGAAACGCGAUGGAGCGAGAUCCGCUGGAGGCCAAAUCACCGUACACCAUGUACUCUGAGACCGUGGAGCUGAUCAGGUACGCCAUGAGGUUGAAGAACUUCAGCAGCCAUUCGGCCACCAUGUUUGAGAAGAGACUGGCCGUGUUGUGCAACCGCUGUCUGUCUCUGCUGUACCUGAGGAUGUUUCACCUGAAGAAAGACCACGCUGUCAAGUACUCACGCUCGCUCCUGGAGUACUUCAAG